UUUAUUCAUUUAAUUUUCUUUUGUUUUUUUCUUUUAUUUCUCUCCACUCAUUUCUUCUUUCUUUCAUCAGUAGUCUUCCACAUAUAUAUACAUGAUAUACUUGUAACUUGCAUCAUUGCUCACAUAAUCAAUGACAUCCCUUGGAGUGGAGAGCAAGUUUGUUAUCUUGGCUUACAUUAGAAGCUCAUCCUUGAGCCUAUACAUGUCUAUAAUCCUUGUAGUCCGAAAUAGAAAGAAAAGGAAGCAUCAAUGUAUAAGAUUAUAUUACUUUAUUUUACCUCUAUUUUUCUCUCUAUUUAUAUAUUCUAUUACACUGUCUAUAAUAUAUAAAAUUAUAAUACGUUAUCAGCACGAGUUCUAACUAUCUGAGACCUGAUCAAGAAGCUCUCUCUCCCUCUUUCUAUCUCAAUUAUAUAUCUCUCUUGUGAUAUUAGUUUUGAUAGAUUAUUGGGUUUGCUUGCUUUAUUGAAGAAAUAGUAUUUCUCACUUUAAAAGUUAUUCUGAAAAUGUCAAACUUGACAAAGCCGGAAUUCGUGGCCUUGGACAUUUUUGGCAAAAAUUAUUUAUCUUGGAUUCUGGACGCUCAGAUCCAUUUAGAUGCCAUGGGUCUUGGAAACACAAUUAAAGAAGAAAAUGAUGCAUCAUUACAAGAUAAAGCGAAGGCCAUGAUUUUCCUUCGUCGCCAUAUUAGCGAGGAGCUAAAAACGGAAUACGUCACUGAAAGAGAUCCAUUGAGUUUGUGGAAAAAUUUGAAAGAAAGAUAUGAUUAUCAAAAAACAAUUAUCCUUUUAAAAGCUCGGGAUGAUUGGCAGCAACUGCGGUUGCAAGAUUUUAAAACUGUGGCUGAAUACAACUCUGCCCUAUUUAAAAUCAGCUCUACAUUGAAAUUGUGUGGUGAUAUCAUCACUGAUGAACUUAUGUUGGAAAAAACAUUCACCACAUUUCACGCCUCGAAUGUAUCCUUACAACAACAAUAUCGAGAGCGUAAAUUUGAAAAAUAUUCAGAGCUGAUAUCAUGUUUACUUGCGGCCGAGCAAAAUAACGAGUUUUUGUUAAGAAACCACCAGUCCCGCCCAACUGGAUCGACACCGAUCCCUGAAAUAUAUGUUGCCUCCCGUGGACGUGGUAGACAUGAUCGUGGUGGUAGAAAUAGUUAUAAUAAUGAAUACAGGAGUGGUCAAAAUAACUACCACAAUAAUGAAUACGGUCGUGGUAAAAAUAACUACCAUAAUAAUGAAUAUGGUCGUGAUACAAAUUACUCUUAUUACCGUAGAGGAUAUCAAUCCUCAAACCUUCGCAAUCAGAGAUCCACACCAUAUCCCCAAAUGAGAGACUAUAAUGAAAUGAAACAAGUAAAAAGGAAGGAUAUGGCUCAACCUCUCAUGGCAUUUGAUAAUACUUGUUAUCGGUGUGGAAUGACAGGGCAUUGGCAAAGUAUUUGUCGUACGCCUAAGCAUAUUGUUGAACUUUACUAGGCCUCCAUGAAAGAAAAGGGGAAAUAGAAAGAAAAGAAUUUCAUUGAUCAUGAUGAGCCAGUAGACGUCACAAAUCUGAAUGUGUCAGAUUUUUUUGAGGACCGUGAUAGAAAGAUUGACCACUUGAUUGGUGAUGGAAAUGUCUACACGAAUUAAUCCUAUUUUCAUUUCAUGUUCUUUAUACUAUGUUAUCUUUAACAAGUUUUUAUUUUCCUUGUAUUAAAGUUUUUUUUUCUUUUAGUAUUCAAGUUUGUAUUAAAGUUUCUUUUGUUAUAACUGUUUGUUUUCUAAUAAAUAAAUUUGCAUGAAUACGAAUGGAUAUGACUGGUUCCAAAAUAAAUGAUGAAGAUAUAU